CCCUGGAAGUCCCCUCGCUCCCCUUCCUCCCAGUUCUGCUGUAGCUGAGCUGUUGGGAUCAUGGAGCUCAGGGCUGUGGUAACCACGCUGGAAAGUGGGGAGCAGGACACGGUCCUCAAGGUGCUGCAGGUCUACAACCAGGAGAAGUCCCAGUGCUUCACUUUUGAGGAUGAGGAGCGGGAAGAGAGGAAGAAAAUGGCCCAGCUGCUGAUCAAGUUCCUGGAGAGAGAGCUGCAGCCCUCCUGCCAGGUCACUUGCCUGGAGAGCAUCCGCAUCCUGUCCCGGGACAAGCACUGCCUCGACCCGUUCACCACUAAGGAAGGCCUGAAGACUCUCUCCAGGCAUGCUGGCAUUGAUUACUCAGAGGACCUCAUCCGGGAGGUCCCAGACCUGGAUGUCAUCCUGGAAUCCCUCAAAUGCCUGUGCAACAUCGUGUUCAGCAGCCCCAGGGCGCAGGAGCUGAUGGCCGAGGCGCGGCUGGUGGUGGGGCUGGCACGGCGCAUCAAGCUCUACAACGAGCGCAGUCUUCCUCACGAGAUCAAGUUCUUUGACCUGCGCCUGCUGACAGCCCUCAGGGUGGACAUCCGCCAGCAGCUCGCCCAGGAGCUCCGGGGCAUCAGCCUGAUGACAGACACCCUGGAGCUGACCCUCGGGGUGAAGUGGUUGGACCCCUAUGAGGUUGCCACUGAGGAGGGACUUCUCCCACCUUUGCCUAGGCAGGAGACAGAGCGAGCCAUGGAGAUCCUCAAAGUGCUCUUCAACAUCACCUUUGAUUCCAGCAAGAGGGAGGUGGAUGAGGAAGAUGCUGCUCUGUACCGGCACUUGGGUGCCCUCCUGCGCCACUGCCUCAUGAUCUCUGCCGACGGCGAGGACCGGACCGAGGAGUUCCACAGCCACACAGUAAACCUGCUGGGCAACCUGCCCCUGAAGUGUCUGGAUGUGCUCCUGACCCCCAAGGUGCGGCCUGGCUCUCUGGAGUACAUGGGUGUUAACAUGGAUGCGGUCAGCAUCCUGCUGGAUUUCCUGGAGCGGCGCCUGGACAGGGGCCACAAGCUGAAGGAGAGCCUGACCCCUGUGCUGAACCUGCUGACGGAGAGUGCCCGAGUCCACCGGCAGACCAGGAAGUUCCUGAAAGCCAGGGUGCUGCCGCCACUGCGGGACGUGCGGAACCGGCCGGAGGUUGGGAACUCCCUGCGGAACAAGUUGGUAAGGCUCAUGACCCACAUCGACACCGACGUCAAGCACUGUGCUGCUGAGUUCCUCUUUGUGCUCUGCAAGGAGAGUGUGUCCCGGUUUGUGAAGUACACGGGCUAUGGGAACGCUGCGGGGCUGCUGGCGGCACGAGGCCUCAUGGCCGGUGGCCGGGAAGAGGGGGAGUACUCAGAGGAUGAAGACACGGACACAGAGGAGUACAAAGAGGCAAAGCCCAAUAUCAACCCUGUGACAGGCCGUGUGGAGGAGAAGCUGCCCAACCCCAUGGAAGGAAUGACAGAAGAGCAGAAGGAGCACGAAGCCAUGAAGUUAGUCAACAUGUUUGACAAGUUGUCCAGGGAUAAGGUGAUCCAGCCCAUGGGCAUCACCCCCAGUGGCAACCUGGCACCCAUGGAUAACGCCAUCCGCAACAUAGCCGAAGAGCGCUCAUCAUCCGACUCGGACCUGGGGUUGGACUGACGGGACUCCUGCCCCAGCCAUGGAGAGCCGGGCUCCAGCUGCUCUCCCUCCAGAACUGGUGCUGCACCCAGAGGCUGGUACUGGGCCAGGACUCUCCCUGUGAGAUCUAGAUCCAGCCCGGACCCCUCACAGCCCACCACACGGAACACCUGCCUCCUUCCUAACUCCAUAGCCACCUCUCCUGCUAGAGGUCUCCAUGGCCUGGCUCCACCUUGGUCUCUCCUGUCAGCAGCCUUGAGGAUUUCACACUCCAAAUUGCUUCCAGGACUUUCCAGUAGGAUUUUUGGGUUUUAAAAUCCGUGAUGUUUGGGA